AUGGGGACCCGCCUUCACGAGCACGACGACCAUGCAGCAGAGCCUUCGUUGAGAGGGGAAGACCCGCCGCCGCUGCAUUCGGCCGCCGUCGCCACUACAGGUACGCUUGACGACGACGACCGCGGCGGUGGCGGUGGCGGCGGAGAGGGGAAGGAGGAGGAGGAGGAGGAGGAGGAGGAAGUGGCAGAGGUGGAAGCAGCGGAGGACCAUAACCAGCAUUCACCUGCAGCCAAGCGGCAAAGGCAACCCGGCGCAGAUUCUCAGCCAAAAAGCUCAUCGGAUGUCACUGAUGCACCCCCAUUCUGGACGACGAAUCGCCACCGGAGGACAGCCAGCUCGGUGAGCUCUCAUUCUCUCCAACAACAACAACCGACAAGACCCGCCGCCAUCAUCCUCGAAGACCACUCGAAGGAUGAUGACGAGCAGGCCUUGUCCUGCUGGGCACAGUCUGUGACUAUUGAUGACUACUCUGUCGUGUCUGGCCCAAGCGGGAUCGGCGCUUACGUGGUUUGGCAUCUCACUGUGAGUACCCUUCAGGGUGGCGAUAUGCCGCUCAAUAAACGAUAUUCCGAAUUCGAUCGUCUCCGAAAACACCUCGUCACCGCAUUCCCCCAUGCCGAUGCCAUGAUUCCCGAUUUACCUCGCAAGAGCGUCGUUUCUCGCUUUCGUCCCAAAUUUCUCGAACAUCGUAAAACUGGCCUGGCGCAUUUCAUGAAUUGUAUUAUGCUCAAUCCGGAAUUCGCGAGCUCGCCUAUUGUUAAAGAUUUUAUAUUCAAUUAG